AUGAUCAAUCCUAUGAUUAGUAGCAGCAACAAAGGUCCUCCAAUCAACAUACAAAUGGUUGUUGUGCAACAUUUACAGCAAGAACAGCAUCUGUGGGAAAUUUUUAACUAUUUAAUAUUUUUCUGUGGAAAUGUGACAAACUUAAUCAUCACCGUAGAAGAAAUAAAUGUUCAUCAUUUUAAAUUUUACACUUACGCAUCUACAAGACAUUUACAACAAUCUCCAAUGCAUUUACACAUCACCACACAGGUUGCUAUUCAAUGA